GCGGAGAGAAGCUUCUCCCCACCAAGCUCCAUCCCCCAGUCUCCUUUCGUCUCUCUCUUCUCACUCUCGAGAUUCUGCGUCUGCUUUCUCGCUUUCUCUGUGGAAGGGAUUGUAGACCAAUAAACAGAGGAAAGCGAGAGUAGUAGAAGAAGGAGAAGAAGAAGAGACAGAAAUGCGGAAGAUGAUGAUGGGGAGUGCUUCAACACUCUCCAGCUUCAUCGUCCUUCUUGCUUUGAUGAUGGUUUUCUCGGCUACCACCACUCUAGGUUGGAACGUCACGUAUGACCAUCGAUCUUUGAUUAUCGACGGACAGAGGAAGCUCCUCAUCUCUGCCUCCAUUCACUAUCCACGUAGUGUUCCUGCGAUGUGGCCAAGCCUUAUAGAGACGGCGAAAAGAGGUGGGAUCGACGUGAUCGAGACUUACGUCUUCUGGAAUGGACAUGAGCCAUCACCUGGAAAUUAUUAUUUUGGAGGGAGGUUCGACUUAGUCAAGUUCUUGAAGCUCAUCCAAGCUGCCGGGCUAUACUCCAUUCUUCGAAUUGGGCCGGUCGUUGCUGCAGAAUGGAAUUUCGGUGGCGUGCCUGUUUGGCUUCAUUAUAUUCCUGGGACAAUUUUUCGAACAAAUUCUACUAACUUUGAGAGUCACAUGGAGAGCUUCACAACGUAUAUAGUCAAUUUGAUGAAGCGUGAGAAACUUUUUGCAUCACAAGGAGGGCCCAUUAUUUUGUCACAGAUAGAAAAUGAAUAUGGAUACUAUGAACCAUCUUAUGGAGAAGGAGGGAAGAAAUAUGCAAUGUGGGCUGCAAAUAUGGCUGUUUCUCAAAACACAGGUGUGCCUUGGAUUAUGUGUCAACAAUUCGAUGCUCCUGAUACUGUGAUCAACACGUGCAAUUCAUUUUAUUGUGAUCAAUUCACACCAAUCUACAAAGACAAGCCAAAAAUUUGGACAGAAAACUGGCCUGGAUGGUUUAAGACAUUUGGCUCUCGAGAUCCUCAUAGACCACCUGAAGAUGUUGCAUAUUCUGUUGCACGCUUUUUCCAGAACGGAGGAGCCCUUCAAAAUUAUUAUAUGUAUCAUGGUGGAACAAAUUUUGGUCGCACUUCUGGAGGACCAUUCAUCACCACAAGUUAUGAUUAUGAUGCUCCAAUUGAUGAAUAUGGUCUCGCAAGACAGCCAAAAUGGGGACAUCUAAAGGACCUGCAUGAGGCAAUUAAGUUAUGUGAACAUGCAAUACUCAAUGGUGUGCUAACAAAUAUUUCAUUAGGUCCUUUACAGGAGGCUCAUAUUUAUGAAGAUGAAACUGGAAAAUGUUCUGCUUUCAUUGCUAACAUGGAUGAUCAAAGUGAAAAAGCUGUUAGCUUUCGAAACCUUUCGUAUGUUUUGCCAGCAUGGUCUGUCAGCAUCCUGCCAGAUUGCAGAAAUGUUGUCUUCAACACUGCUAAGGUUACCUCUCAAACUUCUAUCGUAGAAAUGAUUCCAACGAAGCUUAUGCCAACUGUAUCUUCACCUGAAAGAAACAUAAGCAGCAUUCAGUGGGAAGUUUUUGAAGAGACACCUGGAAUAUGGGGGAAAGCUGACUUUGUCACGAAAGGCCUUGUUGAUCACAUAAAUACCACAAAAGAUUCUACAGAUUACCUAUGGUACUCAACAAGUGUAUUUGUAAGUCGUGAUGAAGAAUUUCUGCAGACAGGAAAUCAGCCAAUCCUCAUUGCUGAUUCAAAGGGACAUGCUACACAUGUUUUUGUCAAUGGACAAUACAUUGUUAGUGUCUCUGGAAGUGGCUCAGAUUCAAAAUUCAAGUUUGAGAAAUCCAUACCUCUCAAGGCUGGAGAGAACGAAAUCAGUUUUCUGAGCAUGACUGUUGGCUUACAAAAUGCAGGACCAUUUUAUGAGUGGGUAGGAGCUGGUUUUACCAGUGUCAAGCUUGAGGGAUUUAAUAGUGGGAUACUAGAUCUGACAUCAAAUGUUUGGAAGUACAAGAUUGGGUUGGAAGGGGAACAUUUAAAUAUAUUCAAGGAGGACGCGAUGCAAAACAUGAAAUGGAAAUCAACUACUAAUCCUCCAAAGAACCAGACUUUGAUAUGGUACAAGGCAAUUGUAGAUGCCCCCUAUGGGGAUGACCCAGUUGGUUUGGAUAUGAUAAGCAUGGGAAAAGGACAAGCAUGGUUAAAUGGAGAACCUAUAGGGAGAUACUGGCCACGAACAAGCUCCAUCAAUGAUAAUUGUGUUUCAGUUUGUGAUUAUAGGGGGAAAUUUCUGCCAGACAAAUGUGAUACUGGUUGUGGUGAUCCUACUCAAAGAUGGUACCAUGUUCCACGUUCUUGGUUUCGGCCAUCAGGAAAUGUUCUGGUGAUCUUUGAGGAGAAAGGUGGAGAUCCAACAAAAAUUUCAUUCUCAAGACGUCGUGUAACUGGUGCCUGUGGGUUUGUCUCCGAGGACUAUCCUUCUCUCAAAAAUACACUAAAAGAGCAGAAGAGCAGUAGCAGCAAUAGAGCUAGCCUACAAUUGAUUUGCCCAGAUGGUACACAUAUUUCAUCCAUAAAGUUUGCAAGCUUUGGCACUCCCACUGGAAAAUGUGGAUCCUAUAGGCAGGGAGCCUGUCAUGAUCCUCUUUCAAUGACGAGUGUAAAACAGGCCUGUUUGCACAAAAAGGAGUGCAGAGUUGUGCUAUCAACUGGUAACUUCGACAUGAAUUUAUGCCCUAGCUCGGUGAAAUCUCUUGCUGUGGAAGCCGUCUGUAGCUGAUCAACAAUUUCAAGCAUGCCCAAGAAUUUUCCUCUUUUCACUUCAAUAAAGUCAAUAUUUUAUUGGCAUUUCAUGUCCUGCAGCGAAAGAAGUUGCACACGUGAAGGCCUGCUCUAUAGCCACUUUGAUGUUAGGAUUUAGUAUAUCUUCCAAUUUAAUAUAUAUCAUUUUCCUGAGCCA